GACUAUAAUAUUGAAAAAAGUACACAGCAUUACUAUUAUUUAAGUUUAAAUUAAUUAUUUAUUAAGUAAGAGCUUGCGGGAAACUCGCGCAGAAACCGGGAUCGUCCAGGAUAAAUAGUGCAAUGAGUGGUUUCCGAUCGAUGAAGAUAAUCAGAAAAUUGUUGUAAUUAAUAUUUAGGAGAUAAUCUGCACGUGCUUGCGGGAAACUCGCGCAGAACCCGGGAUCGUCCAGGAUAAGUAGUGCAAUGAGUGGUUUCCGAUCUAUGAAGAUGGAACUCGAGGCUAUUGACUUACACCGAAAUUUCUAUGAGACGAACAAUGAAAGCUUUGUUUUCCAACAAAACGAUCUCUUCCCGUCGUCUUUUCCUAUCAUGGAAGAAAUCCGUCGACAAGGAAAACUGUGUGACGUUGUUUUAAAGAUUGAUGAUCAAUCAUUUAGUGCACACAAGAUCAUUUUAGCCUCUACAAUUCCUUAUUUUCACGCUAUGUUUACGAAUGAUAUGGUGGAAAGUCGCCAACAAGAAAUUGAAAUACAUGGAAUUGAAGCUAAUGCUUUAGAAGCUUUGGUGAACUUUGCUUAUUCUGGACGAGUUGUGUUAGAUAAAAGUAAUGUGCAAAGUAUUAUGAUUGGAGCUUCUUUUCUACAAUUAAGCAAAGUGCGGGACGCUUGUGCUAAAUAUUUAUUACAAAGACUACACCCUCAAAACGCUCUCGGUAUUCGACAAUUCGCAGAUACUUUAGGUUGUACAACUUUGGUUGAUUCAGCCGAAAAAUACAUAGAGCAAUGUUUUCACGAAGUUUCUUUGUCCGAGGAGUAUUUAAAUUUACCUGUACAGGAAGUUAAAAGUCUUUUACAACGAAACGAACUUAGAGUUGAAAGUGAAGAACAAGUUUUUGAGGCUUGCAUGCGAUGGGUUAAAUACACGGAUCAACGUACUCAUCAUUUACCGGAGUUAUUAGCUGAAGUAAGAUUGCCUUUAUUGUCUCCGUUGUAUUUAACUGAUCGUGUCGCAACUGAGGAGUUAAUCAGAUCGUCUCAUCAAUGCAGAGAUUUAUUGGAUGAAGCAAGAGUUUUCCAUUUAAUUCCCGAACGCCGCCCUUUAUUGCAAAGUUUUCGGACGAAACAACGCGCUUGUGAGGUUCGGGGGCACAUUUACGUGGUCGGUGGAUUGAAUCGCCAUGGCGACUCCUUGAGUACCGUCGAAUAUUAUGAUCCAAAAACGAAUACUUGGCAUAUGGCUCAAGCUAUGUCCAUGUUAAGAUCUCGAUUAGGAGUAGCAGUAUUAAGAGGAAAACUUUACGCUUUUGGAGGUUAUAAUGGGAAAGAUCGCUUGGCUAGUGUUGAAGUGUACGAUGCUACGAAAAAAACUUGGUCAAUGGUGUGUUCCAUGCAAUGUAAAAGAAGUGCUUUGGGUGCUUGUUCACUCGGAGAUAUUAUUUACGUCUGCGGAGGUUACGAUGGUGUUACAUCUUUGAAUUCCGUUGAAAGGUAUCAUCCUGAUACUAACACUUGGUUGCCAAUGGCUCCAAUGAAUAAAUCAAGAAGUGCUGGCGCUGUUAUCGCUUGUCAAGGUUAUGUUUAUGCUUUGGGUGGUCACGAUGGCCUUUCAAUUUUCGAUUCAGUCGAACGUUACGAUCCAAAUACUAACACUUGGUCGGAAGCGACUCCAAUGCUGACGAAAAGAUGUAGAUUGGGCGUGGCUAUGCUAGGUGGAAAAUUAUAUGCCUGUGGGGGCUAUGAUGGAAUCUCAUUCUUACAAACUGUAGAAGUUUACGACCCAAACACCAACAAAUGGGCUUUUGUAGCUCCGAUGAAUGAUCAAAGAUCACGCGUUGCUUUAACGGCAAAUAUGGGGAAAUUAUGGGCUGUUGGCGGUUAUGAUGGUGUCUCAAAUUUAACUUCUAUGGAAGUUUACGAUCCGACCACCGACACUUGGACGUUUGCGUCUUCAAUGAUCGCUCAUGAGGGUGGUGUCGGAGUCGGGGUGAUAUCUCUUCCUUGAUUAAUACUGCAAUUGCUGUGAUUGUGAACGAAUAAAAAAAAAAUAAGACUGAUUUUGAGGGUGCAUAUUUUAAAAAAAUGGAAAAAAUACGUGUUAAUUAUUGUGAUUAAUUUUUUGAUUGUGAUUCAAUGAAAGGAAAUCUUGAGAUUAAGAAAUAACUAGUUAAAAAAUAUAAUUAUAAAGUAUAUGUAAAUAAGGAUUAAUAUGGAAUCUAAAUAGUGAGAGAAAAAGAGUUUUUUGGGCGUUUGCCGUUUUAAAGAAUUGAAAAUUUACAAAGAAUUAGAAUCUCUUUCGCCUAGUGUAAGUUAUUUCACUGUAAUGAACCGCUUUUAAUGAAUAUAUGGAAGGUUAACUUGAA